GGACGCAGGGGCUUGGGGUCCAUUUUCGUCUGGGCGUCGGGGAACGGCGGCAGAGAGGGUGAUUACUGCUCCUGCGAUGGCUACACCAACAGCAUCUACACCAUCUCCAUCAGCAGCACCACUGAGAACGGCUACAAGCCCUGGUACCUGGAGGAGUGUGCCUCCACCCUCGCCACCACCUACAGUAGCGGGGCCUUUUACGAGCGGAAAAUAGUCACCACGGAUCUCCGGCACCGCUGCACGGACGGCCACACUGGCACCUCCGUGUCCGCCCCCAUGGUCGCCGGCAUCAUCGCCUUGGCUUUGGAGGCAAACCCCCUGCUCACCUGGAGGGACGUCCAGCAUCUGCUGGUCAAAACCUCGCGACCGGUGCACCUGCGAGCAGCUGACUGGAAGACCAACGGCGCGGGGCAUAAAGUUAGCCAUCUAUAUGGCUUCGGUCUGGUGGAUGCAGAUGCUAUUGUGGUGGAAGCCAAGAAGUGGAAGGCAGUUCCUCCCCAGCACGUCUGCGUGGGAAGCCUGGACAGGGUGCCCAAGUACAUCCGUGCGGACCACGUGCUGCGUGCCAGCACCCUCAGCAGCGCCUGUGCCGAGCACCGCGACCAGCACGUGCUCUACCUGGAGCACGUCGUGGUGCGGCUCAGCAUCUCGCACCCACGCCGGGGCGACCUCCAGAUCAGCCUUGUCUCUCCGGCGGGGACCAGGUCGCAGCUCCUCGCCAGGAGGGUGUUCGACCACUCCAACGAGGGGUUCAAGGGUUGGGAAUUCAUGACCGUCCACUGCUGGGGGGAGCGGGCAGCGGGGGAGUGGACCCUGGAGAUCCAUGACACGCCGUCCCAAGUGCGCAACCCCACGGUGCAAGGGAAGCUGAAGGAGUGGAGCCUCCUCUUCUACGGGACAGCUGAGCAUCCCUACACCACGCUGGGCAGCCCCCCGUCCCGCGGGAGGGCGCUGGAGGUGCUGGCAUCGGAGACGGAGCCCUCGAGAGCUGCCUUCCUGCAGAGCCAGGUUGAGGUGGUGGAGGAGGAGGAGGAGUAUGCGGGUCCGUGCCACCCCGAGUGUGGAGACCAGGGCUGCGACGGCCCCAAUGCCGACCAGUGCUUGAACUGCAUCCACUACAGCCUGGGCAGCAUGAAAGCGGGCAGGGUGUGCGUAAGCUCAUGUCCCGCGGGGUUUUUCGGCGACAAAGGUGGCCGGAGGUGCCGCCGGUGCCACAAGGGCUGCGAGCGCUGCAUCGGGAGGGGACCGACCCAGUGCACAGCGUGCAAGAGGAGCCUCUACCAUCACCAAGAGAUGGGCACCUGCAUGGUGCUGUGUCCGCCUGGGUUUUACGCCGAGGAACGUCAGAAACGCUGUCUGAAAUGUCAUCAAAGCUGUAAAAAAUGUGUCGGUGAAGCAGACAAAUGUACUGCAUGCAAAGAUGGAUUCAGCCUGGCAGGAGAGAGCUGCGUGCCGGAGUGCCAGCCUGCCAUGUACCUCAGCCGAGAGCCCCGGCGGUGUGAGACCUGCUCCGCCAGCACAGGGCCGGGUGAGGAGGACUGUGCCCCUUGCACCCCUGGGGCCUCCGCACCCCACUGGCGCUGCGUCCCCGCCUGCCGUGAGGGUUUCUACCCUGCCAACAGCCACGGGCUGCCCAACAAAGUCUGCAAGAGGUGCGAUGACCACUGCUCAGCCUGCGAGGGCUCCAGUGGAAACUGCCUCAAGUGUAAAGAAGGUUUCAGCCUCCUCGGCGGCUCCUGUGUAACAAAUGAAACCUGCACCAACGCUGACAAGACUUUCUGUGAGAUGGUGAAAUCAAACAAGCUCUGUGAAAAGAAGCUGUUUGUGCAGUUCUGCUGUCAGACGUGUCUUAUGGCCGGGUAA